GGACACUGUUUAGGGUGCCCGGUGCCCGCUGAAGAUGCAUGAGAGCUCUCACGGCCGCCGCCUCCUCGCUCCGUUCCCUCCUCUUCCUCCACAUCUCCUCACCCCCCGGCCCCUCGCUCGCCAUGAACCGCCCUGAGUCCUCCUCCUCCACCUCUGGCUACCGCUCCCAGGCGGCACCCUUCGCCUCCCCGCCCGGCGGCGGCGGCGGGAGCCGGCGACCCUGUGGCCGUGGCGGCGGCGGCGGCGGCGGCGGCGGCGGGAACGACCGCAUCGACGCCCUCGGCCGCCUCCUGACGAGGGUGUUGCGGCACAUGGCGUCGGAGCUGCGCCUGGACAUGAGGAGCGACGGCUACGUGCGGGUCCGCGACCUGCUCACUCUCAACCUCCAGACCUUCGCCAAGGUUCCCCUCAAGUCCCACACCGUGGACGAAAUCAGGGAGGCGGUCAGGCGGGAUAAUAAGCAGAGGUUUGGUCUGUUAGAGGAAGAUGGGGAGCUGCUGAUUCGGGCUAACCAGGGGCACACCGUGAGAACUGUUACUUCAGAGAGCUUAUUGACACCAAUUUUAUCAGCUGACGAAGUCUCAGUUUGUGUCCAUGGAACUUACAGGAAAAAUCUUGAUUCAAUCUUGAAAUCUGGUCUAAAACGUAUGGAAAGGUUACAUGUACAUUUCUCGAGUGGUUUACCCUCAGACGGGGAAGUGAUUAGCGGUAUGAGGCGAAGUGCUAACAUCUUGAUAUAUUUGGAUGUCAGCAAGGCACUGCAAGAUGGGAUGAAGCUAUACAUCUCAGAAAACAAGGUGAUACUGACAGAGGGUUUCGACGGCGUCGUUCCUGUCAAGUACUUCGAGAAGAUUGAAACAUGGCCAGGACGAGCGCCUAUACCGUUCCAAAGAUAGAGAGAUAUCCUCUACAAGUACAACUGUAGUCUUUGUAUGGCUUCUUGUUGAGGUCUUCAGAUGCACACACACGUUUACACCUUUCUCCUCACCUGCAAGUACCUAAAAGGGUGCUGUUAGUAUCUGAAAAAAGGGCUGCUUUGUCGCGUACCAACACGAGCUGGAGACUUGUAUUUCUGCUGCUCUUGUGGUUGUUACAAAUCGUUGAUGAACUGAUUUGCACCGUUGAUGAUGCCUGUCAAAUCUAUUCACCGUGUCAAUAUGUUUCAUUGCCCUGUUUGGGUAUUAUUAUUACUAGCUGACACUUGCUCGAUGUAUCCAUCAGAAUCAGGUGUAGGGAUCAAUGUUUAAUUUGACAGGGAGCGGAGAUAAAUAAAAUUUGCGCUUGAUGAUUUGGCUAUA